ACCCUUCGAUCUGCUAACGGAAUACGCAAUUCAACCGCUAGAUGGCAACAGUUGUACUGCAAUCCGCGAGAAAAUUCGGCCAUCGCUAGAACAACUUUAUUACACACUCGAUUACGAGUGCAAUAGAAACCAGAACAAAAAUAGGAGUUCCAGUCCGGAUAUUCGGGGAUAGAACGGAGAUAUUCAAUAAUUCGAUCAAGAAGUAACGACUUCCUCGAUCAAAAAUGUCGACUCCAUUGGGAGAUGGAACGGCGGCGAAUCAGUCCCCCACAGGAGGUGUGAAGGCCUUUCCGAUUGUUGGACGUAUGGCAUCCGAGAGAGAGCGUGUCCUCGGUAUGACUCCUGCGGAACGUGCCUGGCGUGCCCAGUGGCUCAAGGAUCAAAUUCUAGCCCCAGACGAGCCCAAGGUGAAUCCUGAAUACUACAGACAGAGGUACAACCCUCUCAGACGGUUCUACCGCGCACCAUUGAACGUAUUAGAGAAUGCUCUCCGUCCCAGACUUGGUGCUGAGUUUGCUUACGUUGUUCGUCAUCUUAUAAGCACAGCUGCAUUUGGAAUGAUCGGCAUGUGGACAAUAAUAUAUUAUUUCAAGUACAACGAGAGCGACUGGACAAGAAAAUCAGGAUGGAAAGUCGGAAUGUCGAGGAAAAAAUUAUUCCCGAAUGAUCCAGAGUGGCCGAAUUAUGAAACCAAGCAAGAUAAUGAGUAUGCUUCCUAUGGUUUCACAAAGUCACCAAUAUAAUUGGAUGUAUUUGGAGGAGGAGUUAAUGAAAAGGGGAGUGUGCUUAUUCUCCGUUGGUACUUUGUGAAUACUAGUUUAUUUAGCAUUAUAUGAAUAAAAUGAGAGGAGAUGAUUUAAGAGUUACUUUUA